GCGACAUCGAUAACUAAUAUAGGGUGUUUGUCUGGACCGCGAGGGGGAACCAGAAACGAGCUCCUUACAGGAGUAACUAACCUGCCGGAUCGCAGCCUUAAUUGCGUUCGGGCCACUUUUUUGUUCGAUAUUCUCCGUGCUCGAACCAAGGCGCAGCGCCGGCGAUCCACUCAGCAGUGCAAAUGGACGGCCCCAUGCCAAGGGCGCUGGUUUCCCUGACGCCUCAACCCGGGUGCGUUGCUGGGCCAACAGCACCAUUGUUGAUCUGAACCGUGGGCGAUAGAUCGGGAUAGCUUCAGCUUCUCCAUCCACCUUUCCCUGGUUCCCACCUCUAAAUACUUCCUCUUGCCCUUGGUCCUCUUCUCUCAGAACCAGAGGUCCAGGAAUCGCGCAGGGAAGCUUUACUAAAGCUUCAAUCCCGUUGUCGCAUUAGUUUCAGAUCUAGCCGGAAGAGCGACAUAGUUCUUUUUCAUCUGACCUUUCUCUCCUUCUAACCCUUUCUUUCCCUUAUCCGUCUUCUUGGUUGAAGAGUUCACCGACUGACACAGUGGACAGGUCGGUUUGAUACCAUCUAUCGUACGACUAGCGCUGCGUGAGGUAUGCAUACCAGGGUUUUAUGCAAUAUGCGCAACGGUUUCCGGAAGACUUACAUAUAGAAUUAGAUCUGUCAAUUGCCCGCCACCGAUUUGUGACGAGUGGCUUAUAGACUUUGCCCACCAUGUUAUCGAACCCACAUCGGAAUCAACAGGAACGACAUCGACAACAUCGGCGGCAGAUCUCAACACCCUCCGCUCUUGAUGCCGCCAAAGUUCCCAGUCUUCCUGCCCAGGCAAUGCACCGAUAUCAUGCUCAUCGUCGCGGCCAGAGUCUAGACCAGAGAUCUCUACACAUGCAACGAUCGCAGACCGUGCAAGGUGGUAACCUCUUAAAUACUAACGCAACAGGUCCCCUGGUAAUGCAACAGCAACACUAUGCUCGUUCGGCGCAACCGACACCCAUGCCCAUGAUGCCUGAGUGCCAGACGUUCAGUCAUGAAGAAUUGCAAACCCAACCAAGUAUGGGAUACAUGAGCCCAGCCUUCGCCAAGGCCGAGACCCCGGCGCUGGAAAGUCGGCCGAUGAACCUCCAUCUCAAUCUGAUCCAGCAACAGCAGUUGCAGCAAGCACAGCUCAUGGAGAAUAGCGCUUGGGAUUUCUACCCACGCGACAAUCUCCCAACGGGACUUCCGCACCAUGCCAACGCAGUUCCUGCAGAUAUGAGACGACUAUCAGUGCAAUCGGAUGUCAGUCCCGCGCAAAGACCGCAUACGCCGAAACCUACGCGUAAGUGCCCUGAUAUUAGUCACAGGAGACAAUCCCCACUGAUGAAACUUCAAGACUACCUGCCCAUUACCCCUGCGACAACACCAUUCAAAAGAACAGUGGAUCUUGCGCAGUAUGGUGGCGACAUGCAGCCAACCCCUACCAAGGAGCAGAGAUUGUCUGUUCCCGUUUCAGCCCAGCCGUCGUACAUGCAACGUGCUAAGUCUCUCCAAGGAGUGGCUGGGACGACCUUCUCCCAGCAAAAGAUUGAUAUGCCCUCUCCCCCAAAUACAGCAUCCUUCGAGGUAGAAAGUUUCGAUGUGUUUGACUGCCAGCAGGGUUCCAGUUUCGAAAUUUCAAAGUCUGAAAGUUUUUCAUCUAACCACUCUUCAACGUCGUCGUCAGCAACAUCCCCUUUCAAUUCCUCACCCGACCUUGCCUCCAUGCCGCACCUUGCAGACAGUGGUAAGGCGCAGAAGAUUCCUAUUUAUCGUGCAACACCUAGCCGUAUGACCCCAAAGAAGACCCCAAGUGCACCCCCUAGCUCGGCCAAACCCAAGCUUUCUCCAAGGGUAGCAUCUAUCGACAGCCUCAAUCUUGACGCCAGGGUCCAUGCCUCUAUCAAAGAAACCGGUGUCACUAUUGACGAGAUAGCAUCAUACAUCCAUGGUCCUGACCCAGAAGAUGGAAAAUGGGUAUGUCUACACCCCGGUUGCGAACGCCGGUUUGGAAGGAAAGAGAACAUCAAGUCUCAUGUCCAAACACACCUUGGAGAUCGUCAAUACAAGUGUGAUCACUGCGAUAAAUGCUUCGUCCGCGGACACGAUCUUAAGCGCCACGCCAAAAUACACACCGGUGACAAACCAUAUGAAUGUCUCUGCGGCAAUGUGUUCGCCCGACAUGAUGCCUUGACUCGGCAUCGGCAACGAGGCAUGUGCAUUGGCGGCUACAAGGGUGUUGUGCGCAAGACCACUAAACGCGGUCGUCCGAGAAAGCAUCGACCUGAAAUGGAUGAGAGACAAGAUAAGUCCUCCAGGACGCGCCAGAGAAUCGCUGAAAAGUCAUCGUUUGAUUCUUCUGGAUCAGACACUUCGCGCAAUUCGCCGCCCUCGGAAGUCUUCGAAAACAUGAGCCUGCAGGGUUCUAGUCCGGUGGGGGAGAUGCCAAUGUUCAGCAAUGUUAAUUACUCAUUGCCCCCUGAGGUCCUGACUUUCACACCUCCCGCCUCUCCUGGGGGUAGCAUAAGAAACAGACCAUCACCUGCCCACAGUCAGCGAUCAAUUACCCCAAGCACGGAGGAUGAAAUGCCACCCUUGUCUCCAUCCAAACGACCUCUUGAAAGGAUCAUUGAAGAGUCCGGUCUACCUCUAAUUUCGGACCCUGAAGUCUGCCCCUACACGAACACUACAAGCUCAACAACUCAUGCCCUAUCUUCCCCACACACCGCCCCCACUUUGAUCGACUCAUCAAAUGGCUCAGACCUAGACAUUUUCAUCAACCAAGACCCAUCUACAAGCUUCAGCAAGCACGAGUUCCCUGGCUUGACUGACCCUGACAUGGCGGCAUUCCCUGAUUAUGUGAACGGUCCCUCUUUUGAUAACGGCAUGGAUUUGUUUCAAGGCAAAGGCUUCUCCAGCGGUCCCUCAAUGGGUGACGAUUUCUUUUCUUUCCAAUUCCAAAUGGACGAACAACCCUCGGACGUUAUGACGAGGGAAUUCUUCUUGGAGUGAAGGACCCGCAAACGACAAUUUAUAGACAUGGAAAAACAUUGAUGGAGACUGACGACGCAACGACACUCGAAUAAUGGUGAAUG